AUGGCGCCAGAAGUAGACAAUUACUGUGCCAUUUACUUUGCAAGCAAUGGUGAAGAACCCUUUGUGAAGAUCAUCAGACACCAUAAGGGCAGACAAAGCUUAUGUAGCUUGGAGGAUGAAAAGCCUGAAGAUAUGCGUCCAGAGCUGAGAGACCCCAGUGAAAUACUACUGGAUCAACACCUUGAAAGACUGGUCGCCCACCUACCUGCUCGAACUCAAGGCUAUCCAUGGCAACUGUUGUACAGUACAGCUGUUCAUGGCACCAGCCUCAGAACUCUCUACAGCAAUAUGGCGAGCAUAGACAGGCCUGUUCUCCUUGUCAUCAAGGACAUGAAAAAACAGGUGUUUGGUGCUUUCUCCUCCCAUCCUUUCCGAAUGAGCAGAAGCUGCUAUGGAACAGGAGAGACCUUCCUCUACACCUUCAGUCCAGAGUUUAAGAUGUUCAGCUGGACUGGGGAAAACUCCUACUUUCUGAAGGGCUUCAGAGAUUCUCUACAGUUAGGGGGAGGCGGGGGUCCCUUUGGACUCUGGCUUGAUGCUGAUCUGAAUCGUGGCUCCAGCUUUUCUUGCAGCACUUUUAACAACCAGCCUCUCUCUGGCCACCAUGACUUCGCUGUGCAGGAGCUGGAGGUAUGGACGUUUGAGUGA